AUGGUCACACCAUCUAGCCCAGAUCGUGGGCGCUCCGUGGCUCUAGCUCAUGUCUCUUCUCAUCGUAUGACCUCUAGCAUCAGUCUGCAUACCUUCUCGGCGCCAGUUCAACUCCCCAUCCGGCCCACCCAACACGUGGUUAUCCAGUUUCCUCCAGACCUUGACCCCAUUGGGGGCGCCCACAGCCUGAAGGAGGACGAUCGCCGGCUACAAUUUACCCCAUGUCGAAUCUCAGUCGAGCCAAUGCAAGGGACAGCCGACGGAGCCAGGACCACUCUGGCGUUCUUUUCCCGCAAUGGCCGUGUCACCUCCCUCAUCGGACUGCCCAGGCCACAAGGCCUGGGCGCACAACUCGUCGAGGUUGGGGGUGGCUUCUCCGAAGAAGUUCUUGAGAGUCCUGCCCAGACUAUAGCCGUCGCUGGUGGGACCGGUAUCUCGUGCUUCCUGAGUCUUGAAUCCUCAAAUUUGGGUGAAGAUGCAGCAACGAUGAGAAGGAUAUUGGCUUGGUCCAUCCGCGGCGAAGAUUUCCCACUUGUCGAAUAUGUCCUACAGAAUGGCAUGCUAGAUAUAGAGUUAUGGGAUGUAAAGAUAUUUGUCACAGCCGGCGAAGACCCCGGAGGCUUGGUUGGCGGAAAGCCGGAAACUGUGUGGAAGGACCGAUUCAACAGUAUCAAACAAAACUUUCAAGGGGUUGAGUUUGCUUGUAGAAGAAUGGAGAAGAGCGAUAUUUUUGAAGAUUCGGCUGACAAGAAAGCGCUGGUACUAUUCUGUGGAAGCAAAUCACUGCAGUGGCAGAUAAAGAUGUGGGCAUUAGGAAUCGGGACUGUACAUGUUACAGAUAGAUAA